CGUCCGAGGACGCGACGGGGGGGCAGAGCGAGCGAUGAGCACGGGGCGAGCACGGGGCGAGCCCGCGCCCAGGCAAACGCCCCGUCGGUCGGGACGCGGCGCCGGGAGGCCCGCACAACCGCGGAACGGCCCGGCUUGGGAGGGACCUCGAGGAUCGGGAAUCUCCGACGCCCUGCCACAGACGGGGCCGCCGACCUCCCCAUUUCAUAGCGGACCGGGCCGCCCAGGCCGCCUCCAAGCCGGCCUCGAACGCCCCCGGGGAUGGACGGGGCGGCCGCAGCCUCUCUGGGCAGCCCGUUCCGGCACCUCGCCGCUCUCACGCUCAGGAGAGCCCGUUUGCCACAGGCCCGCUCCCAAAAGGCGUCCCUGCCCAGAGCCCGCUCUGCCAGGCCCUGCGGCAGGGCGCGUGCAGCCCCUCUGUGACGCGGCCUGAGCUCAUAAUGGCACAGCCCCGCAUCGCAGCGGUGACCACCCCCUUGAAGCUCGCCGACCCCACGCGCCCUCCCCACAUCUCCCAGAGAGGCCGACGAGACUCCAGGCGCUCGCCGAGGAGCUGAUCUCGCCGCCACCGUGCUCUGGAGGAGCUGCUGUGCCGUGAGGAGCAGUAGGCAGAGAGAAGCAGAAGUAGGGGCACGGGUGAAGGGCUGAGGAGGAGGGCUGUUUUGCUGGACGGCCGCCCGCCCGCUGCAGCUCUUGACUUGCGGUGAGGGGGGAAGGAAGAUGGCAGAAUCCCUCUUCUCGAGACCUUGCUCGACUCCGACUGCUGAGAAGAUCAGGAAGUCUGAGCUCGCUAAGUUUUGGUUCAGCACAUCCUAUUAUCUCAGUCGACAGCUGGCUCUCUACCAGGCUGUGUGCAUUCCUGAACUGGGCACUUUCACCAUUGUCAGAGAGCACAUAGUCAGCCAGCAGAAGAAUGUGGUUCUUGUUGAGAGACCCGUGUUUCAUCUGGCAAAGGCUCUUGCACAGGACCACAACCUCCAAUAUGACUACAUAGACGUUGCAGGACACGACGAGUACCAGCAACUUCCUUAUGAUGAGAUAGCCUCAGAAACCGGCAUCUCUGAAGGCGCGGCGCAGCUUUGCGUGCAAAGGACCGUCUGCCAGUUCAGCGCCUGCAUAGGGAAGAGGCAGAACGUUGCCUUCGUUUGGUGGGAUGUUGGCAUGCUGCUGAUCGAAGGGAAGCGUGUCCAGAUGAAAUUCUACGAGGACUUCCUGGGGAAGCUCAACGGGACUACCGAGCUGUUGCAGGCUCUUCUUGGGAUGCCAGAAAUGAGCAAGUCGGUCAUCUCCCGCAACGACUGCGCCGCUUCCCUAACCUCUUCCGGACACGUUACUGUCUUUCCAAUGUGAGUAUGCUUGCUCCUGCCACCCGCGCCUGAGUGAGAUGGUACUCGC